GCUUUUAGUGAAACAUGUUAGUUUACACCACCUUUCGGAUCUCCCAAUUCCCUUAAACGGGUCAAACUCCAUGUCCUAACUUCCAUUCUUCCAACACCUAAACCCGACCCCAACUCGACUCCAAACCCAAACCCGAACCCGAAUGUUAGUUGCUGCGUUGGUAACUUUGUCAUCCAAAUUACGCCACCCCCACCACAAUUUUUUUUCACUUUUUAUAAAUCCAAGUGUCAAAGCAAACUCUUCCCCUCUUUAUUUUCUCUCUCUCUUACAAAUUUCCUUUUCUUCCCUUCUUCUCGAGUUUUGUUAAACGGAUCCGGGUCAAAUAACCCGAAAUGGUAUCGGACUCGGAACUAGUGAACCGACUCCGCGAAAUCUUACGGACGUCGGACCUUAACACCACCACUCCCGCCGCCGUGCGCCGCCAACUUCAAACCGACUUCGGCGAAGAUUUGACUGAUCGCAAAAAGUUCAUUUCUCAACAAAUUGAUCAAAUUCUUCAUGAAGGUGACGUCAAUGGCGCCGACGAAGAUGAAAAUGUGAGUCAUCCGCCGGAAGACGGCGGUGACGACGGCGGAGGCGGUGAAGAAGACGGCGAAGAGGCGACGGGAGAAGACGGAAAGGAGGCCGUUGAAGAAGCCGAAGACGAAGACGAGGAAGAGGAAGAUGAUGAGGAAGAUGAUGAAGAGGAAGAAAAGAGGUCCAAGGAUGAGGAGACAAAGAAGAAAAGAAAAGGAACCGGUUUUACCAGAUUAUGUAGUCUUUCCCCUCAACUUCAAGAGUUUGUUGGUGAACCUGAGAUGGCUCGAACUGAGGUAGUUAAGAAACUCUGGGCAUAUAUUAAAGAGAAGGAUUUGCAAGAUCCAAAUAACAGGCGUAACAUAAAAUGUGACAAGAUGUUGCAUUCCAUCUUUCGUGUCGAUACCAUCAACAUGUUCCAGAUGAAUAAAGCUCUCUCCAAGCAUAUAUGGCCGCUCGAGUCAGAGGAAGAUAGUCCAAUUGAUAGGCGGCCUCCGGUAAAGAAGCAAAGACGUCAGAAAGACGAAGAUACAGAAAAAUCAAAGCCAAAAGCUAAGCAAAAAAAGGGAGGUACUACUGGUUUUCUUAUACCCCUACAACUUUCUGAGGCUUUUGUGAAGUUCCUUGGUACUGGUGAAACUACCCUUAGUAGGUCAGACGCUGUCAAGAGGAUUUGGGACUAUAUAAAGCAAAAUCAGCUCCAGCAUACUUUCAACUUCAACCCCAGAGCAACUUGCAGCUCUUACAUAUGAGGCUUUAUCCAGUACUCGUAAAAUUACUCCUUGGUUCUUAUAAUAGAUGUCAAUAUCUCCUUUUUUGAAUGUCUCUAAAAGUAGUCAAAUCAAAACAUGUAAUGUGCACAAUAUUUGAUGGUUAGUCAAAAGUAAGAAAAAGGGUAGGAAGCUAUAGUGUGAUGAUAUUCUCUUGAAACUUUUCUAUUACUGAAUUUGAAAACUAUAUAGGACAAAGCAAGUGCAAUUCAUUUUAGCCUGGUUGCCUGUGUAUCCUCUUAUAUUUCAAUUGUUGAUUUGCUUCUUCAUGCUUUAUGAUUCUAUCAUCCAUGUCACUAAUAGUUAUGUAAUGUGUUAUUGUUGACAAGAGAAUUUCUACCUCUAAGCUUGACUCUUCUUUAGAAUAUAGCAAUUUAUUAAAAUGAUUUUGGGCCUUCUUGAAAAGCAUUGGCAAUCUCUGCUAGUCUAAGUUGGUCAAGGGUAAAGCUGUAUACUUUUUUACUCUAUCCACAUUGCCACAUUUGUGGUCUUUUGUUCUUAUUCUUGAAUCUCAAUGUCCAUAAGGUACAUACACUGACAAGUGACAACUGCAACUAAUUUGCUUUCACUAAAGUUGAAGAGGCCACCAAAACAUAUGCUUAGGAAUAUGAAAGGCAAACCAAACUACUUGAACCUUCUUAGGCCUGUUGUGUUCAACUUAUAUACCCCUAUUUCAGGAAAGUUAAGUUUGGAUAAAGGUUAAUAAGUUCAGAUAAGUUCGGAAAGGGUUAAUAAGGGUUACCCAAGUUCAAUUUACAACUAAAGUAAGUUUUAAUAAGGUCCAAUUAGUUCAGUUAAGUUCAACUAAGUUCAGAAUAGUGAAAAUCAGGUGAUUAGAACACACCCUUACUUUGUGUGAAGUACAGGUCACCCAUGACUUUUGGAAAGAGAAACAAGAUCAUAGACAAUGUACAACUCUGUAGCUCAACAAAGGUGAGACCCUCUUAGAAUGCAGUAAGAUUUAAGCUAUGAUACUAGAGUUUCCCACCAUAAGUUUAGAGUUCACAAACAUUUUAUUUCUACUAGUUGUUCUGUGGCAACUAACUGUAGAAUCAUGUUCAGUCUUAUGUCUAAGAACUAUUUCAAACUGGUGCAUAUUUAGACCUUAUGUUUGCACAUAAAGAAGUGUUUAUUUCAAAGAAAGUCUGCUACUUUAUUUGUCUUUUAAAUUUGGAAGCUCCUCAAGGACCUCAACUCCUCAAGUAUAUGGUUUCAGCUUAUAUAGUUGGGCAUGCUCACCUAGAUUUUAUUUCAACUGAAAUGAUAGUAGGAGUUGAGCUCAUUAUGCCCAUCCUUUCCACUACAUGAAACUGAACAGUGUUGGAAUUUAAGCUUUUGGAUUGACACAUUUGACAGUGCUUUUUUUGCAUGUCUAAACUCUCCCAUAUUAGUAUGCAUUUUUUAACUCCAUUGUCCUCUUACCAUGACUAUCUACUACAGUUUUUCAAACUACAAGUUAUAUGGAGUAGCAUAGUGGGUUGAUCGUAGUUGCACCUAUCCAAACAAAAAUUGCAUGUAGAGUGUUGUUUCUUCUUCGAUCCUUUUUUGGAAACUUGUUUGCUUUUGUGAAACUUGCAUCGAGAUAUUAUAGGGCUUCAUUUAGUUAUUUUUUAAGUCUUUGCAUAUUAACUUUUUCUCACAUGGUCUUUAACUUACUAUAAAUGUUCUCACAUCCAUACUCUUCUUCUGUAUUCUUGUCAUAGCUAUUUAACAAAAUUAAGUGCUAAUGUACAGUCCAAGCUAGGUGUCUGAUUUUCUUUUCUAUGAUCUUUAUUAUAUGAGCUAAAGUUUAUUUCUGUGAAUUUUAAGUAUUAGCAUCACAAGGUAUAGAAUCUAUUCACAAAUUUUCUGCUGGGGAAGACCACCUCUUGAAACAAUCUUUUUACUAAAUGUAUGUUAUUAGGCCUUGAGGGUGAAAUUGUGAACAUCAAGACAUCCUUAGUAUCUAUCUAACUGUUGCUGGAACUGACCAUUGUAGCAGAUUCUUCAUAAUAUGCUUCCAAUAAUCUUGCUCAAUAGUAUGAUUUCUUUUUUCCCAUCCUGAUUAGGAGAUUUGUAGCUCACUUCAAAAGUUGGGGUUUGGGGAAAUUCUUGGUCUUUAACCGUCUUUCUGAUUUCCUAGGCUUAUCUAACAGAAUACCAUCAUACCUCUGGAAUAUUCUUAGUUACUUGGUUGCCCAUUUCUUAAGUUGUAAUUUUAAAGUUUUGGCCCACGGCAUGCCUGACCA